GGCAACAACCUCACCAACAACGUCCAUACCGCUGCUUUUGUUGGGGUAGGAAAGAAUUUGAUCUCGUUGAACAUGGCCUGGUGCAACAUGACCAAGCUACCAGCCAAACUAUUCAGAAACAUGCACCUUUUGAGAAAUUUAACUUUAGCUGAAAACAGACUGAAACAACUUCAUUCUUUAGUAUUCAAAGAUCUAACAAGCUUAGAACGAUUAUCCUUAGCUGGAAAUUUAAUAACAGAAAUUCCAAUUGCUCUUUUUGAGCAAGUGAAACUGAUUCGCCACUUAGAUUUGAGUUAUUGCAAAUUGAAUAAACUGGCUUGGAAUGUAUUUAAUGGGUUAAGGAGAUUAGAAACAUUGGAUCUUCGAGGUAACCAGUUGCGUAUCAUAGAGCCUAUGACAUUUGCUGAACUAUCCUCACUGAAUCGUUUAUCAAUGGGUCAAAACCCACUAAGAAGAUUGACAUCAAAAAGUUUCAAAGGACUACAUUCCUUGAAAUCACUGAACUUGGCCGAGAGCCAAUUGAAGAAAAUUGAUAGAGAUACGUUUCGAGACUUGAAACAACUCGAUGAGUUGAUAUUGAGUGACAACAAAUUGAAAUUACUGCAAGUAGGAACUCUACUUCUCUCCAAACUGCAACACCUGGCCCUGGAUGGAAACAAACUAACCACUCUACCUCACGAAAUAAGUUAUCUACCCUAUCUAAGACACCUCGAUGUCAAAAACCCAUUUCAUUGCUCCUGCUCCAUGUUUUGGCUGAAGGAGACGAAAGAAAGGCUGAUGCGCAGAUGGACCGACCGGAAGAAGAACUUUCCAUUCAUUCCUGGCAAGUGCUCCACGCCGAUAAACGUGAAAGGAAUGUCUGUGACGAAUUUCUUGGAUCAGCACUGCGGACAUGUUCUCGAUGAAAUUGAGGAUGAAGAGAAUAGAGCAAAAUUCUGGAGCAUGUUAGAGCCAUGCAGAGGACUUUUGUGA